UCCAGCGGCCUGCCCUGCCCACCACACACACCCGAGGCGGCACUCGGCGGCGAUGGGCGGCGGCGGCGCGCACGGCGGCACGACCUACAAGGGGUACACCAUCCCGCACAACAAGCGCUGGCACACAGUCGCCGGCAAGGGCCUAUGCGCCGUCAUGUGGUUUUGGGUUUUCUACAGGGCCAAGCAGGACGGUGCUGUGCUCUUGGGUUUGCGCCAUCCUUGGGACGGGCAUGAUGAUCACUCUCAUGGUCAUGGACAUGAGCAUGAGGCAUCAUCAUCGUCAUCAUCUCAUUAAGUUCACUGCUCCGUGCGGCUGAGGGUGGCUCGAUGCUUGGCAUGUUCCAACUAAAGUGUCAGUUAAUAAAGUAUGCUACCCCGCAUGGGACUCGUAUUGUUUGCAAGUUGUUUAGCACAAACCGGAUUUCUUACAAUUGUGGUUGUGUAUUUGAUUUCAAGCUUCGGUGCAAAUGUUGUGAGAAUUAAUUCGUGUAUGACGCUGCUCCUUGGGAUCGCUACUUCUUGUGCCCCUUGUCUUUGCUGUGUGUUAACCGUAAGGAAAUCUGUAUUAUACGGGCUAUAUCCUACAACAGCUCAAUUAAGAAGAGGAAUGGCAUGAAGUUUUUUUUUUGUCCA